UCCCCAGGGUUGGGAAUGACGUCCAAGGUGGAGGACAUUGUGCAGGAGGUCUAUGAUGCCUACAAGACAAACCAUCACUCCUCACAGUACGUCCUGCAGCGGGAGAAGCACUUCCAUUACCUGAAGAGAGGUCUCCGGCAGCUCACUGAAGCCUAUGAGUGUCUGGAUGCCAGCCGCCCCUGGCUCUGCUACUGGAUCCUGCACAGCCUGGAGCUGCUGGACGAGCCCAUUCCCGAUUCCGUGGCCUCUGACGUCUGCCAGUUCCUGAGGCGGUGCCAGAGCCCCCAGGGUGGAUUUGGGGGGGGUCCCGGCCAGCACCCCCACCUGGCCCCCACCUACGCCGCGGUGAACGCGCUCUGCAUCAUCGGCACCGAGGAGGCCUUCGGCGUCAUCGACAGGAAGAAGCUCCUGGAAUACCUGCACUCGCUGAAGCAGCCGGAUGGCUCCUUCCUCAUGCACGUGGGUGGAGAGGUGGAUGUCAGGAGCGCCUACUGCGCCGCCUCAGUGGCCUCGCUGACCAACAUCCUGACGCCCGCGCUCUUCGCUGGCACGGCCGAGUGGAUUGCCAGGUGCCAGAACUGGGAGGGUGGGAUUGGCGGCGUGCCGGGCAUGGAGGCGCACGGUGGCUACACUUUCUGCGGCGUGGCCGCGCUGGUCAUCCUCAAGCAGGAACAUCUGCUGAACCUCCGGAGCCUGCUGCACUGGGUGACCGGGCGGCAGAUGCGCUUCGAGGGCGGAUUCCAGGGCCGCUGCAACAAGCUGGUGGAUGGGUGCUACUCCUUUUGGCAAGCCGGGCUCCUGCCCCUGCUCCAUCGGGCACUCCAUGCCAGGGGCGAUCCAGCGCUGAGCAUGGCACACUGGAUGUUUGACCAGCUGGCACUGCAGGAAUACAUUCUCCUGUGCUGCCAGUGCCCAGCUGGCGGGCUGCUGGAUAAGCCAGGAAAAUCCCGGGAUUUCUACCACACCUGCUACUGUCUGAGUGGGUUGGCCAUUGCACAGCACUUCGGAAGUGGAGAUCUCCACAAUGAGGUGGUCCUGGGUGUCCCUGAGAAUUGCCUGCAGGCCACGCACCCUGUGUACAACAUUGCCCCGGAGAAGGUGGUGAGGGCGGUGAUGCACUUCCUGCAGUAUCCUGUGCCCAGCCUGGAUGUGGCACCCGCUGCCCAGUAGGGGGGUCCCGCUGCCGGCUCGGGCUGCGAGCGGCACAGCCCAUCCCAGCGGCGGCCUGGCCAGGCAGAGCACGGUGCUCAGGGUGCUAGCAAUACCAAAAUCCAGCCUGCUCCAGGCCGGGUGUCCUGCUGCCAUCCUGGCCCGAGCCGAGGUGGGACACGGGCUCCGGCAGAGCUUUUUGGCAUCAAUAAACCAGAAGUCACACCCGCCGUGUGCUGGUGGCCCCGGGGAUGCGGGGCAGGAGGUGAUGCCACGUCUGGAUCCGGUGGCACCGACUUCCCCCCUUCCAAGAACACACGGUAACCACGGGGGAAGAUAAAAUAAGUGGAAUUUUGGCUUUUUUUGUUUAUUAUUUAUAGUCUUAUAGUAAAGGGAAGCCUUAACUUGCAA